GCGCCAACCUCCUCCCUCCCCUGGCUCCCGCCCAAAUCCGCCCCCCCGCGCGCGCGCGCGCGCGUCCGCUCCACCGCGCGGGAGAAACGUGAAGCUAAUCCAUCCAGCCCCGUCUCCCGCCCCCUCGCGGCACUAAACAAUUUCCAGCUCCCGAACCCCAAACCCUAGCCCCGGCUCCCCGCUCGAUCCCGUUCCGAUGGGCGGAUCUGCUGACCCCGAGGACCCGGCGCCGAUGCCCACGCCCACGCCGUCGCCAACGCCGUCCCCUGCGAAGCCGUCGCCCUCGUCGUCCGACGCGAAGCGCCUGAGGCGGUGCGUGCAGUCCAGGCUCCCGUUUGGGUCGGGCAGGUCCGGCGGCGGCGGCGGCGGCGCAGGGGUUGCCCCUCCCGCGCCAGCGGCCGAGGAGGCGGCUGGGAAGGAGGCCGCGGAGGAGCCGGAGAAGGCUAAGAGGAAGGCGAGGCCGCGGAGAUCAGCGGCCGCCAGGAAGCCAUCUUCAAACAAAGAGACCACUGGGUUGGAUCCAGGUAGCAAGGAUGAAGCUAUUUUGGUUGAUGAGAGCCCUCAGAAAAAGCAGCGGAAAGGUAGAAAUCAAGAUGCAGCGCGGAAGGCGCCUAAUAGAAAGCGCUGCAAGGUAUUGGAAUCUCCUGAUGGUCACAGAAGCUGUCAGCAACUGCAUAGCAAUCAGACUGAAGCUAUCUUACCUGAAGGAUCAUCUGUCUCAAUUGAUAUAGAUCUGAAUAAUGUGCCUUCUGAAGCAACACAGGCUAAUGACAACAAUGUAUUAGACAAUGAAGAUAAGUCACAGGUGAUAGUUGACCUAAGGUCAGAGGCGAAAAUAGCUGCACAGGAAAUCCGGAUGUUAUCAUCUGGAAAGAAAUUGCAUCCAUUUUUUGCUUCCCGGAAAGUAAACAAAGGUGCUGAACAAGAUGCUUUCAAUAACGAGGAUACAAACUCCCUUGGUGCUAUUGAGAGGGACCCUCCAUUCUGGCCUGUUCACGUUGUCUACCAAUUGGAGACUGACAUACCAAUUCAUUGGAGUAAAUGGCUAAUUGCGGAGCGAUCUUUUCUUGAUACCAGUGCUUCCGAUACACUUGAAAAUCCCGUCUCAUUCUUUGAGGAUAUUGUGAAACCUUUGACAAUAGAGUCUAAUUCCAAGAAGAUGUGCCUAGAUCAGUUGGCUGAGCAGAAUGUUGCAAAUCACACAGCUUUCGGAAUGGAUUUUCCUAGCUUUCCUAAAGAACAAUGUGAAGGCAAUCUAUCUUCUUUGGAUGUGAUCCAUCUUGAUGAAGAGAGCUGUCCUCAUGAUUCUCUUUCCUAUAACAAACACCCGGAAAGGAUACUGCAAGGAAGGGCAGAAGUCGACCAGAAAGGCAGCUGUCUGCCGGAUUAUUACCUGUGGACUGACAAGUACCGGCCUGAAACUGCUGCCCAGGUCUGUGGAAAUAUUGAGCAUGUAAAGUUUCUCAGUGAAUGGCUCAAAGGGUGGGAUGAAAGAGGCCACAAAAACAAGCAAACUGGAGUUGCUAACGAGAGCAUCAAUGCCAGCUCCUGUCAAGAUGAAUCUGACACAGAUUGUUCAGAAGAUGCUUCUGAUUAUGAAAAUGUACUUCUAAUUACUGGACCAGUUGGGUGUGGAAAAUCAGCCGCAGUUUUUGCAUGUGCGAGAGAACAUGGGUUCAAUGUAAUUGAGGUAAAUACAUCUGAUAUGAGAAAUGGGGCAUAUGUGAAGCAAAAGUUUGAGGAGGCAACUAAAUCACAUGGCCUUGAAAAAUGGUCACAAGAGGAGGUCACCACUCCACCAAGAAUCGAUUCUUUAGAUCCAGCUUCAGAGACACCUGAUAGGACUGAAUACAAGUGUUCAGUAUCCUGCUCUACACGAAAAACAUGUAACGACGAUGAGCAUAUGUUACCUGUAAAAUGCUACUCAAGCUCAAAGCUGAGUGAUGAAGCCCCUAAACAAGUUAUUAACAAGACACUUAUCCUAUUUGAGGAUGUGGAUACUGUCUUUGAUGAGGAUCGUGGAUUUAUUUCGACCAUACUUAAGAUUGCAGAGACUACAAGAUGGCCAAUUAUACUGACUAGCAACAAGAAGGAUCCAGCUUUACCUCAUCUCUUGGAUCAGCUAGUUUUGGAUUUCAAAUACCCAUCAUCUGGAGAGUUACUUUCACAUCUUGGCAUGAUCUGUAAAUCUGAAGGAGUGGAAGUCACUGCUCCUCAAUUGAAGUAUUUUAUCAAUGCUUGCUUAGGGGAUAUUAGGAGGACAACAUUGCUUUUGCAGUUUUGGUAUCAAGGCAAGCAGGAAUACACAGAAAGGUCAAACAAAUGCUUGUCUGGUCCUUUCUCACUUGACUUGGAUGCAGUACAUUCUACUGUGCCAAGGAUGUUGCCUUGGGACUUUCCCUGUAAAUUAUCAGAAACAGUGUGCUUGGAGAUAGAAAAAACAAUCCAUUUAGCUGAAGAAAAGAAAAGGCAGAUGGAAUUAUCAGAGUUUGAAGCCUUGGAGUUACAAAUAACAGCACCUCUGAGCAAGGGAAGAGGUGCAGUUAAAACAACAAAGAUUAAAAAAUCCAAGUUAAAGCAUGGUCACUCUACUGAAUGUAAUGCUAUUUCACCUUGCAAGAAUGAUCUUGAUGAUUUUGAUGAUGCUCCAGAGACCUCUCUUCCGUCUGAUCAACAAAAAACAAGAAAGAAGCAUGGUGUAGUGUUAUUAUCUGAGUCUGAUGAUGAUCAAACGGAUGCAUAUAUUGCCAAAGAUGCCAGAUUUACUCUUCCAGAAGGUGAUUUAUUCCCACAACCUCCAGAAUUGCCCCAUAUACAUGGGCAGGGAAUCUCAAAUCAGUUUUGCUUUCCAAGCGAAUCAAGGGAGACUUUUGAAAUAGCCAAUUCUUUCCAAAACCAGUUCGAAAGCAACUUGGUUGGGUCCAUUUCACAAAUAUGUGAUACUUUUAUGUCACAGGGCGUGUCUUGUGUGCCUGAGUCAUCCCUGGCACUUGGGGGUGUUUCUGCAUCUGUUAGCAGCGAUGACCUUUUAUCAAGUAUGGUGUUCAAUGGCUUGUCUACCUUUAAUAAUGAUGGUGUUUGCACUAAGCCUAUAACAUCACUAGAAGACAGUAACCAUUCGAGGAAUCUAAUGGCUGGAUCUCAGAAAUGCAUGGAAGAUGUGGUUGGUGAGACAUGUGAGGUUUAUGCGGAAUCAUUUGGCAGGAAUGAACCGGAAAGUUGUUCAACUACAGGGUACCAACUGAUGGAUGAAUGCAGUCGAGCUGAUAGCACUUGGCUGCUUUCUGGCAAAAAAACUAAUGACUGUUGCAAGGUUGAACACGUACAGGAUACUUGGAACAGGCUACGUCGUUGCUGUCCUGUACUUCCCUCUGAGACCAACCACAAUAGAACUGCUUCUGGAGCUUUGAAACUUGCUUCCGGUGUGUCUGAUUUAAUAUCGGAAUCAGAUCUUAUGGUGGCCCGCUGCCACCCUCUUACUAAUGACAUUUUGGAUCCAUCUUCAACCCCAAGUGCCGAGCCUGAUGACCUCUCCUGGUAUGAUAAGCAGCUUGAGAUGGGAUCUGUCUAUGCGCAGCAUGCUCUUUGCGUUUUCUCAAGGGACCUCCAAGAUAAGGAGGAUGGUUUCAUUGAUUUAUCACAAGAGUUGUUGUUUGCCAGUACAACUGUCACAUCUCUUGGCAAACUUAUUAGUUCAGGAAUCAGCAGUGAUGAUGGAUAUGGGAACAUUUCCCACAUGAAAAAUCCAACAAGCUGUAUUUCUAAGGGGAGGGAGCAACUAGUUCAUCUUUGUGGCGCGCUGCUUCCAGUAGUUCCUUCCAAGCUAUCUCUGUCACUGAGAGGGCCUGCUUUUGUCGAUUAUUUAUCUUCUACGUGUCAGAUUUCACAGUUAGAAAACUUGCGACUUACUGACAGUAAAGCUGCAAACAAGCAAAGAAGGUGUCGUCAGUCAAGACAUUACUUAAGUUCUGCAGCACUUUCGAUGUCACCUGAAGACAUUGAAUUGUUAGCACAAAGCAACUGUUUCGGUGACAGGCGUGAGAAGGUUAUAGACCAGGCGAUUGCCUAGAAUAUAGAGUUAAUAAUAUGGUUCGGAUGAGAAGCAGCUGAGUAUUUUUCCUAUAGCUUGAUUAGAGUUGGCCGAGGCGACCCAUUUUUACUCACAGUUCAUUCUGUAGUAGCUCACUGGUAAGUCAUGGGUCCAUAAUUGGGCAAUGCUGAUGAAUCCAGACAUCCGCUGUGUAUUCAUGUACAAUGUAAAUGCAUGUUGUCAUCUUAAUCUAUAGUGUCAUGUA